GCAGCUAGAGCGUCGAUUGAAGGCGCACUUUUAAAUGAGGAUUAAAUUAGCUAAUGUAUGGAAGAUGGCACUUGAUGUGAAGUUGGAGCUUAGAAUGUGAAGGUAGAACGAGGAAUGCGAGGUUGGAAUUUAGAAAGCCCUGUUGGGACUCACCGGGAACUCGGGGCAGAAUUGACCAAUCGCAGACGGCAAGAUGAAGGUUCUGUGGGCUGCGUUGGUGGUUACGCUCCUGGCAGGAUGCGGGGCCGACGUGGAGCCGGGGCCCGAGGUGCAGCCGGGGCCCGAGGUGCAGCUGGGGAAGGAGUGGGCCACGUGGCAGGCCAGCCAGCCCUGGGAGCAGGCCUUGGGCCGCUUCUGGAACUAUCUGCGCUGGGUGCAGACGCUGUCCGAGAAGGUGCAGGAGCAGCUGUUGAGCAGCCAGGUCACCGAGGAACUGACGGCGCUGAUGGACGACACCAUGAAGGAGGUGAAGGCGUGCAAGUCGGAGCUGGAGGAGCAGCUGGGCCCCGUGACCGAGGAGACGAAGGCCCGCGUGUCCAAGGAGCUGCAGGCGGCCCAGGCCCGGCUGGGGGCGGACAUGGAGGAGGUGCGCAGCCGCUUGGCGCAGUACCGCGGCGAGCUGCAGGCCAUGGUGGGCCAGAGCACCGAGGAGCUGCGGGGGCGCCUGAGCGCCCACCUGCGGAAGCUGCGCAAGAGACUGCUCCGCGACGCCGAGGACCUGCAGCGGCGCCUGGCGGUGUACCAGGCCGGGAUCCGGGAGGGCGCCGCGCGCAGCGUGAACACGCUCCGCGAGCACCUGGGGCCGCUGGCGGAGCAGGCCGCCACCGUGCACACCCUGGUCAGCAAGCCGCUGCAGGAGCGGGCCGAGGCCUGGGCCCAGCGGCUGCGCGGGCGGCUGGAGAAGGCGGGCUUCCCGGUGGGGGACCGCCUGGACGAGGUGCGUGAGCAGGUGCAGGAGGUGCGGGCCAAGGUGGAGGAGCAGGCCAACCAGGUGCGCCUGCAGGCCGAGGCCUUCCAGGGCCGCCUCAAGAGCUGGUUCGAGCCCCUCGUGCAAGACAUGCAGCAAAAGUGGGCCGAGCUGGUGGAGAAGGUGCAGUUGGCCGUGGGCGCCGUGCCCACCUCUGUGCCCAGUGAGAAGCAGUGAGCGCCCUGCCCCCGCUCCUGCGCCACGCCCCCUGCCUCCCCCCCCAGCCUGCAGGAGGCGCCCUCCCUACCCCGGCUGUCCUCCUGGUGGGCCCUGGAUUAAUAAAGAUGCAUGGAGCUUUACGGCA